AUGAACUUAGCAGUUGUAUUCGAUGAUGACUUAUUUAUUAUGGCAUUUUUAAAUUUUAAACCGUCGGCAGUUGAUGAUGCUAAAAUUGAUAACACUGAAUCUACCGAACAAGUGUUAUUCAAUAACAUUUUUCCUACUCCAGGAACCAUAAUCGCUCUGUUAGUAAAACUAUUUCCAUUCUUUAAUAAAAAUAUUGGAGUGAUUGAACCUUUUUUAUUAAAAUCAACAUGCUUGAAACCUGCUUGUGAAACAAGAUAUGAAUGA